AUGGACGCCGCAAUCGAGCGUCUCCAAGACGCCGUUGUCGACGGCCGCGCAGAAACACUGCGCUUCCGCCAGAACCUGAUGCACGCGCUGCACCUGGCCCUGCGCACCAACGCCGCCGACAUCUGCGCCGCCAUGGCCAAAGACACGGGCGCCUCGGCCGCCGAGGUCGACGCUGAGUUCUUCCUCGCCAUGGAGGCCGUCCGCCACUUCUACGACGGACUCGACUUCCAGAAGUCUCUCGAGGACGAGUACUCGGUGGCCCGCGGCAAGGACAAUGCUGGCCGCCGCGUCGGCUACGGGCUCGUGGUGUUGCGGCCGACCAGCCAUACGCGAUUCUUCUCCAUUGUCAGCCCGCUGGCAGCGGCUUUGUCGGCGGCAUGCUGUGUUGCUCUCGAGCUGCAAGAGAGCCUCCUGAACCUCGACGCUACGCUCCGCCAGAUCCUCCCCAAGGCGCUGGACCAAAACGUCUUCUGCAUCACAAACACAAUCUCCGAUCCCAAGAUCCUCUCCUCGGCCAUCCUCGUCGACCAGACGAGCGUCUCCAGCUCCGACAGCCUGACGACGCAGCUGCGGUCCGCGAACCAGCACCGCGCCAUCGCCAUCGUCGACCGCACCGCCGACCUCGACGCCGCAGCCAAGGCCAUCACGGCCGCGCGCUUCAGCUUCGGCGGCAUGUCGCCGUACGCACCCGAUCUCGUCCUGGUCAACGAGUACGUCAAGAAGGACUUCUUCGAGGCCUGCUCGCGCUAUGCGACGCUGUCGUUUGCGCGCGAGACGUCGGUCAAGCGGGUUGACGGGAACCGCACCGAGGCCUCGAGGCGGGCGAUUCGGGAGGCCGAGGAGAAGAGAGUGGCCACGAGCUUUGGGUCGAGCGACUUUAAGCUGGUUGAUAUCAAGGACAGAGAUGCCACCGUCGCCAACAUCAAGGUCAACGGCCGCUUCCUCCCCAUCAUCACCUGCACCAGCCUCCUCGACGCCGCCUACAACCACACCCAGGCGGCCAACCAGCCUCUGCUCGCCGCCUACAUCUUCGCCGCCAACGACGCCGCAAAGUAUCUCUCACAGCAAACGCCCGCCCACGUCUCGUGCAUCAACCAGAUCCCGCGGCACCUGCUCGUCGGCCCGGCCGCGCCGACAUCUCACGAGCCAGAUCUUCACCACCGCUACAGCGCGGCCAUGUUCUCCGUCCCGCGGCCGCAGUUCGUCGAGCGGCAGCCCGAUGCCUUUACGCACGUCGAGAAGCUACUAGACGGCGAUGUAGCGGGAGUGACGACGCAGUCGGUGCGCGCGCUGGCGACCAAGCCGCUCUCGCCCACCGGCCAACCACGCAACGAUUACUUGGGCUUCUUUGAAGCGAGUUUCUUUACGGGCUUCGGCAUCACGCUCUCGGUGGUGCUACCGCUGGUAGGCUACGGGACGUAUUUCAUAGGGAGACGGGGACUAGAGUAUGCGUUGAGAAUGCGGGCUUGA